AUGGCCUUGACUGCUUCACGCGCCAAAAUCCAACUAUCACCUUCUCAGCAAUAUGAGGCACUUGCGAGAGACUCUAAGUUGGCAUACAUUUCAGCCAAUCCUAGCGACAACAGCCUUGCUGGCGAUCGCUACCCAACGUAUGCCGUGCACAUUUCAUUGUUCGUCACAACAGAGUCUUAUUUGGCAUUCGACAGGCACGAUCAGUUUCAGCAUGCUUGUAGCAGUACCAUGCUUCUCCGUAAUGAUGUCUUUAUCCUUCCUACACCCGAUCCUAAACCUUCUUACCGCGCCCAAGUGUCUUCUUUGAUGCGCCAGCCUUCAACAUAUCGAGCGCUGGCGAUUGGAGGUGGUACUUUUGCUGCAUUCGCGCUUUUCAACUGCCUUUGCGUAUCAUUUCUGG